GGGAGGCGCUGCAGGCGCAAUGAGGGACCCUCGGCGUUAGGAGUAUGGGACUGGCGUGACCAAGCCUCGCGCCUGACGUCGAGUGAUCACGAGCUCUGCAUGGCUCGUGCCAGGCUACAAAAGCGGCAAUAUCUCGAGCACUCGUGUCUUCCUCUCACCAAGCCUCCAAACAAGACCACCUGACCUCACGUCUUGCCCGAUAUGUCUUCCCCCGCUUCUCAGGCUGCAUCCACCUCUUCUCCGCCUUCCUCACCUCCGGGCGGCGGCGCAGAUGUGGGCGACUCAAUCAACCCAGAAAUCAUAGACAUGGACAUCUUCAGCCAACUGCUCGAGAUGGACGACGAUGAGGACGAUAGGGAAUUCUCUCGGGAAAUCGUCUGGAAUUACUUUGAUCAGGCUGCGGCUACAUUUGUCAAGAUGGACAAGGCACUCGAGGAAAAGAGCCUGCUCGAGCUUUCCACCUUGGGUCACUUCUUGAAGGGAUCAUCUGCAGCAGUCGGCGUGUCGAAAGUACGCGACUCCUGCGAAAACAUGCAGCACUAUGGCAAGCAAGUUGAGCCUGACGGUGCGACGGAGAUUACGGAAGAAGUCGCUUUGGAGAAAUUGACUGCUACUCUUAAGGAGGUCAAAGUGCAGUACAAGGAAGCAGAGGAGGCUUUGAGGGCAUUUUACAAGGCCCACGAGGGUGACGAUGGCGAUGCAGAUGAAUGAGCCUAGAAACUUAACAAAGGAGUCAACAAGGCUGCCGAUCACGCUCAAUUUGAGCCCAAGCCGACGGUGGCAAGUACGGCUUCAACGUUGAAAGUCGAUGGGCGCACGCACGGCCUUCAUCAGUACCCGCGACAAAAAGUUCCACGAGCAAAU